AUGGUCCCUCGCUACUAUUCAAAGAAGGAGAAGAAGCCCUUCCCUGUUCCAAUAGUUGAGUUGAGGAGAGCUGCCAGGGAAAGGUUCAAGAACAGCAAAGGCCAACCAAGAAGACCAAUUCCCCCUCCGAAAAAUGGCUUGGUUGUUAAGAGCCUAACUCCCCUUGCUUACAGUGUGCUAAAUGCAAGAAUAACGUUGAUUAACAAUCUCAAGAAGUUGUUGAAAGUGGUGCCCGUUCAAGGUUGCAAGUGGUGCAAUGAAAUUCAUGUGGGACAGUUUGGUCAUCCAUUCAGAUCAUGCAAAGGACCAACAGCCUCAAUUCGUAAGGGAGAGCAUGAGUGGGGAGAUGCAGUAAUUGAAGAUAUACUGGUGCCAAUUGAAGCAUACCACCUCUAUGAUCGUCUGCAAAGGCGUAUCACACACGAUGAGAGAUUCUCGAUCCCCAGAAUCCCUGCACUAGUGGAGCUCUGCAUUCAGGCAGGGGUUGAUUUGCCUGGAUAUCCUACAAAACGAAGAAGAAAACCAAUCAUACGAAUUGGGAAAAGUGAGUUCAUUGAUGCAGAUGAAAGUGACUUGCCAGACCCUGAGACAGAAGCUCCCAUGCCACGAAUAUUGACUGAAAUACCUGAUGGAGAAAUUACCCCUUCUAGUGCAGAAGAAAUUGCUGUGCUGGCUGAGGAAACACUUCAAGCAUGGGAAAAAAUGAGGAAAGGGGCCAAGAGGCUGAUGAAGAUGUAUCCUGUGAGGGUUUGUGGAUAUUGUCCAGAAGUGCAUGUGGGUCCUAGUGGACACAAGGCCCAAGUUUGUGGAGCUUACAAGCAUCAGCAACGUAAUGGGCAGCAUGGAUGGCAGACAGCUGUUCUUGAUGACUUGAUACCUCCAAGAUAUGUGUGGCAUGUUCCUGACGUCAAUAAGCCUCUAGCACGAGAGCUUAGAAAUUUCUAUGGUCAAGCCCCUGCUGUUGUAGAAAUAUGCAUACGCGGUGCUGCUGUGCCUGAACACUACAAACCCACGAUGAGGUUGGAUAUUGGAAUUCCUAAAGACGCUAAAGAAGCUGAAAUGGUCGUUUGAUUUUUUUUAUAUCCAUUUCAGAAAUAGAACUAGUAAUUGCAUUUUAAAAAAAAUGAAAAGGAAAUCAUACGCCCUUGAUCUUCACUCGGUGGUAUGAAGUUGAGAUACAUUUCGUUACAGUAUUUCAGCAGAUGAAGGCAAGUUUCGAAAAUCAGAGCAGAAAGCUUGGCUAUCUGAGAGUUAUUGUUGCCCUGCUCUUCUAAAGGAACAAAAGACUUGGUGCACUGACAUCUCUCCUGCAGAGUAUUCCUGUUCAGCUGAAAGAUUUGCUUGAUGAAAAGUGUCAGAUAGCCUUUCGGCCUUUUCUUUGGCUGGUCUAGAAUUUGGAAACAGUAAGAUCUUGCUCAGCCUCGGAUCCAUGAUGUGAUAUCAGUUGGGGUGCUGUAUAGAUUUGCAGUUGCAUGCAUCAUUUAUAUUGAUGAAUAUUAGAGGAAUCAGGUUUCAAUUUUCUCAAAUUUCAUACUCGGUGUAUAUGAGACAUUUAAUGUGUAUACCAUUGUGCUGUAGUGUUAAUACAGUUGGAAUGAAAGAUAUAAUAGUGCUCAUUAAUGAUUCAGUAUAGAGAUAGUAGUACUCGUUUAA